GUGACGUCACCUCUCCCAUGGCGUCACAUUGACGUAGCGCAUACCAGUCGCUCUAUGAGGAGGCAGACUCACAUAAAUGCUGUAUUAGACUUUCUCCCUCAGACCGCGCACAUAAACAAUCCCGCACUACGGUUUUACAUCUGCGCGCAUCAUCACUGGCACGUACACAGGAUCACACACUUUUAAAACACACACCGGACUAUAUUCUAGACUAGUUUCCUUUAGAAUAAUUAAAGGAAAAACAAAAAGAAAGAAUAACUUUUUUUUCUUCUGUCGCUUCAUCCUCAACGAGUUCUGCAAAUAUACGUGUUACUUUUCAGCAGCUUUGGUAAUUUUUGUAAUUAUUCUGGAUCUAUACAGGAGACUUUAUGUUGGGUUAAUAACACAUGUAAAGACGGAACCGCUACAGCAAACAAACCCGGGUUCGGAAGAGCGCGCCCAGCCGAGCUCAGAGUCCCGGCUACCCGACAGUCCCUUCGAGUACUCCCCGCUCCCGGUCCUCCACCACAGUCGCAUCAGUCCCCAGCCCCCCACACAGAACACCAUUCAGCGCGAGGCUUUCACACCAGAUCUAUGGCAUUCUGACAAUGAACAAGCACGCUCAGUUUUUGGAACGGAUGCAUUGUGUCCAGUUGAAAUGCACACCUCGAGACAUGCCUUGUGUGCAGGCACAGUAUGGGCCCGCCCCUCCAGGCUCGUCCUACUCCGCCCAGUCCUUUGGUUACCAGGGCGACAGCUACAGCUCUGACCUCAUGACCCCGGACUAUACCAAGUUGGACUUGGGGGGAGGUGAGAUCUCGGCGGCCGCCACCACCUCUCUGCCCAGCUUCAACGUGUUUGUCGAGGGGAGCUACGAGCCCAAGUCCUCCUGCCUAUACCAGAUGCCCUCCCAUAGGCCGCUUAUCAAGAAGGAGGAGGAGUCCUACCCACAAUCUGACACCAUGCCCACCUCCUCCAUGUACUUUAAACAGUCUCCUCCGUCCACCCCCACCACCCCCUCUCUCGCCCCCCAGCCUGGCUCCUCCUUCCUCUGGGAUGACUCCCCCCACCUCUCCCUGCAGCCCCCCUCCCACGGCCCCCUCAAGUCCGCUCGCUUCCCCCACUUCUACCAGCACUCCCCUCCCCACAGUGGGGGGUACGAGGGGCUGGGAGGGGGGCUGCCUCGCUCUUCCUCCUCAUCCUCUUCCUCGUCCUCCUCAGUGCCCCCUCACCCCCACGGCCCGCCCCUGGAACAGCACCUGUACCAGCUGCACCGCGGAGUUGGGGGUCCGGGGGGACUGGCCUUCCGUUCUCUGGCGCUGGGGUCCUGUAACCCUCUGCUGGGGGACCGCCUGCCCUCGCCCCCCCAUCGCGGCCCCCCAGGAGAGGGCACCUGUGCCGUGUGUGGCGACAAUGCUGCCUGCCAGCACUACGGCGUACGCACCUGCGAGGGCUGCAAAGGCUUCUUCAAGCGUACGGUGCAGAAGAAUGCCAAGUAUGUGUGCCUGGCCAGUAAGAACUGUCCGGUGGACAAACGGAGACGCAACCGCUGCCAGUACUGCCGCUUCCAGAAGUGCCUCAGUGUCGGCAUGGUGAAGGAGGUGGUGCGUACAGACAACCUGAAGGGCCGUCGAGGUCGUCUGCCCUCCAAACCAAAGAGCCCACUGCAGGCGGAGUCCUCGCCUCCCUCGCCUCCCCUCAGCCUGCUCUCUGCUCUGCUCAGGGCCUACUCACACUGCACUCCCAGGGAACUAGACUACAGCCAGUUCAGUGCGGCGGAAGCCCCCUCCUCCUCCUCUGACACCCAGUACAUACAGCUAUUCUAUAGGCUGCUCACCAUCUCCAUGGAGACCACGCGUUGCUGGGCCGACCGGCUACCCGGCUUCAAUGAGCUUCACGGCGAUGACCAAAACCUUCUCAUAGACUCCGCCUUCCUGGAGCUCUUCGUCCUGCGAUUGGCCCACAGGUCUUUGUUGUCGGAGGAUAAGCUGGUGUUCUGUAAUGGCCUGGUGCUGAGCAGGUUCCAGUGUCUGAGAGGUUUUGGAGAGUGGCUGGACUCCAUCAGAGACUUCUCCUCUCAUCUACAGAGUCUCAACCUGGACACAUCCGCCUUCUCCUGCCUGGCUGCCCUGGUGCUGCUCACAGAGCAGGUCCCAGGACUGAAGGACAGUAAGCGCGUUGAGGAGCUGCAGAACAAGGUGGUCUGUUGCCUUAGAGACCACCUGGGCUUUGGCCCCUCCUCCUCCUCCUCCUCCUCCAAGGCCACGCCCCCUCUAAGUCGUGUGCUGGGUGUUAGGGCGGAGCUCCGCUCCCAGAGGACCCAGGGUCUGCAGAGGAUCUUCUACCUGAAGCUGGAGGACCUAGUCCCACCCCCACCUCUGAUUGACAGGUUCCUAGACACUCUGCCCUACUGAUGCUGCCUGGGCUGAUUAUGCCCACACAUACGUGUCACAUCCUGUUUAAGACCCCCCCCCCCCCCCCCCCCCCCCCCCAGAGCACCACGCAGCCACGCUCAGAGGAGCGAGACUCGCUGAGCCAAGCUGAGAGACAGCCAAUCAAAUUGCUUUUCACUCAUUAAGGACAACCAAUCAAAAAAUGCUUUUCACGCCAUAAAGACAAUUAUUCAUAUGCUUACCACUUUCUAUCUGGACCGUUUUUCUCGUGUGAUGGGAGGAUUUGAAAGGAUGACAAAAAAAUGAAAGUGACAUUUCUCUGUCCUGUUUUAGUCUGGUUAUGCCUGAAGGAGGAAAAUAAGAGCCAGGUCUUUGUUCUGGACUCGUUUGUCCUGCUUCAGUCUGGUUCGGUUCAGUCUGAAGUUCAUAGCAGUCUGUCCUAGGGGGAGGGGAAGGCAGUCUGUGUGAGUAGCUGUGUGACGCUCUGAUGAUGUCCCAGGGAAACAGAAGCUGCGUUUUUUUUUGUUUCCCCUGCGAAAUUGUAGGUAGGAGACAUUUAAAUAAAAAAGGUAUCGUCAGUCAAGACGACGUACAGCGUGAGUGACCCAGCAAUCUGUCUGUGUGUGUGUGAGCUUAGUCACACAACAGAAGGCAUUAAAACAGAAGAUCUAUAUAAAACACCCAA